UUGCUCUCAGGCUUUGUCCUCCUGCAUUCCACACGUUAUGUUUGGAUGAUUUAUGCCAGGGGCGGCCGCCUUAACGAUAACUGUAACAGGCCCGCCAUUUGAACUCCUGGGCGGACAGAGUGAUCCCAUCGGCAGGUGCACCAGGUGAACCAUGGAUGCACCUGGGAGCCUCAGGAGAGGCCUUAACAAGGCCCCGGCCAGGCCUGUGACUCAGUUCCCUGCAGUGAUACCGCUGAAUGUCGGGGGGCAUGACUACACCACCAGCCUGUCCACCUUGCGUAAGUACGAGAGCUCCAUGCUGGCUGCCAUGUUUAGCGGGCGCUACCACGUCAUCCAAGACGAACAGAAACGCUACUUCAUCGACCGUGAUGGAGACUUGUUCCAGUAUAUCUUGAAGUUCCUGCGAGAUUCGGAAGUUCCCCCUCCUCACGCGGCAGUGCAGGUGUACAAGGAAGCGUUGUACUACGGUCUCCAUCCGCUGAUAGAAAUUCUCAAGUCAUCCCCGCCAGUCAGAGCUGAGUACGAGCUGAGAGAAAGUCUCCGUAAUGCCCUACCAAAGUACAAGGAGUUCAAGGAAAAACUAGUUGACCUCGCGUACGAGCUAGCUAUUACCUCGCACUGUUCAGAAAUAUCUGUCCACCAGUACAGAGAGUUCCUUGUGGAAGGACUACAGGCACAGACAUUGUCCAUUCGCAGGGACCUAACACGGGAUGAAAGCACGAUCCUCAUUGGACCAUUGAACGAUUACGGGAAGGAGAGCCAGUUGGAAGAGUCAAUGCUACACUGUGUUUUAUACGACCUUCGAGAGGAGGGCUUCAAUGUGGACUUCAGAAUGCGAGAGUCGGUGUGCGAGUAUUGGACACAGAAGAACAAGAACAACGACAUUCCUAUGUACCACGAGUUUUACGACACUGUGUGCUGUGCGUUUACCUUCAACUGGUGGCCGACCAAAGGUGUAAAAAAGAAGUAAAAUUUUCCAGGAGAUUGUUGUGUUGAAAUUUGAAUGUCAAACCUUCAGACGGAAAACUUUGCAGAGGAGCAAAAGCUAGUAAUGAAGUCUUCUCAUGUUGUCAGAACUGUUUGUAAAAACCAAGUGUAAAUGUAUAACACGUUACUGUUGUAACUUUUUUAAAAAGAUGUUAUAGAUCUAGCAGUGUGUUCAUUUUACUAAAAGAUGUUGCCUCACCAGUUUGUAGACUUACAGAUAGCUCUCACUUUCACUGUACAAAAAAACUUUCAGGUUUGAAAUUAGCAAGUAAAGUUGAAAUACAUAUUACACAAAGCCUCUUGAUUCAGAGGUUUGUGUUGGAGGUGAUUUUUGUAUGUUGGAAGACAAGAGGUAGUAGUU